AUGAAGAGAGUUCACACUGGGGAGAAGCCGUUUACCUGCUUAGAAUGUGGGAAAAGAUGCUCUGAUACAUCCGCCCUACAGAAGCAUCAGCAAUUUCACACUGGGGAGAAACCGUUCACCUGCUCAGAAUGUGGGAAGAGAUUCACUCAGUCAACCAAUCUACAGAGACAUCAUCGAGUUCACACUGGGGAGAAGCCUUUCACAUGCUCAGUCUGUGGGAAGAGCUUCACUGAUCUAUCCACCCUACUGAGGCAUCAGCGAGUUCACACUGGAGAGAGGCCAUUCACCUGCUCAGUCUGUGGGAAGAGAUUCACUCAGUCAUCCCACCUACUGGCACACCAGCAAGUUCACAUUGGGGAGAAGCCGUUCAUCUGCACAGUCUGUGGGAAGAGAUUCACUGAUCCAUCCACCCUACUGAGUCAUCAGCGAGUUCACACUGGGGAGAAACCGUUCGCCUGCUCAGAAUGUGGGAAGAGAUUCACUCAGCCAUCCAAUCUACAGAGACAUCAUCGAGUUCACACUGGGGAGAAGCCUUUCACAUGCUCAGUCUGUGGGAAGAGCUUCACUGAUCUAUCCACCCUACUGAGGCAUCAGCGAGUUCACACUGGAGAGAGGCCAUUCACCUGCUCAGUCUGUGGGAAGAGAUUCACUCAGUCAUCCCACCUACUGGCACACAAGCAAGUUCACAUUGGGGAGAAGCCAUUCACCUGCUCAUUCUGUGGGAAGGGAUUCACUCAGUCAUCCAAUCUACAGAGACAUCAUCGAGUUCAUACUGGGGAGAAGCCGUUCAUCUGCACAGUUUGUGGGAAGAGAUUCACUGAUCCAUCCACCCUACGGAAUCAUCAGCGAGUUCACUCUGGGGAGAAGCUGUUCACCUGCUCAGUCUGUGGGAAAGGAUUCACUCAGUCAACCCACCUACAGAGACACCAGCGAGAUCACACUGGGGAGAAGCCGUUCUCCUGCUCAGAAUGUGGGAAGAGAUUCACUCAGUUAUCCAAUCUACAGAGACAUCAUCGAGUUCACACAGGGGAGAAGCCGUUCACGUGCUCAUAAUGUGGGAAGGGAUUCACUCAGUCAUCCCAACUACUGGAACACAAGUCAAUUCAUAGUGGGGAGUGGCCGUUGCUAUGAAUCCCUAGGUUUCGUUUGCUGUGGACUGUUUUAAGAGAGAGAAAUUAAGAAGGUGAAUCAUUCUGACCUGCAGCUUGUUUACAUCGCUCGCAGCUUGUUUCGUUUUAACCGAGGACACAGACACUCAGAGUCAGACGGAGACGGAUGAAAAAUGGAAGGAUUGAAACCAGGGAAAUAGUGGCCAAAGGUCACUGUUUAGAACAUUCCUAUGCCCACAAGGGUGGGUUAAUUAUCCAUUCACUGUACAUUGAAUGUGUGGUUGUCACCUCAUUUAACGCAUAGGAGUGGAUCUGAUUUGGGAUAUCCUGUGGAGACCACUUAUGUGUUAACCCUUGCCUGUGUGUGAUGUGGUCAUUCAGUUGAAGAUGAUACCCCUCAUGACAAGUCACAUUCGGUGAUAAUUUGUAUGUAGAUUUGUAAAGAUGAUGGAUAAAAUCUACAGCAACUGUUCUCUCAUUUUAACACUGUAGAACAGACAGACGUACUUUAUUGAUCCUGAGGAAAAUUGAGCUCCAUUACAGCCGCACCAACCAAGAAUAGUGUAGAAAUAUAGCAAUAUAAAACCAACAAUAACUAAAUACUAAUAAGUUAAUCUUUGCAAGUGGAAAUAAGUCCAGGACCAGCCUAUUGGCUCAGGGUGUCUGACACUCUGAGGGAAGAUUAGAAAAGUUUGACGGCCACAGGCAGGAAUGACUUCCUGUGACGCUCAGUGUUACAUCUCGGUGGAAUGAGUCUCCGGCUGAAUGUACUCCUGUGCAUAACCAGUACAUUAUGGAGCAGAUGGGAGUCAUUGUCCAAGAUAGCAUGCAACUUGGACAGCAUUCUCUUUUCAGACACCGCCAGAGAGCGCAGUUCCACCCCCAGAACGUCACUGGCAUUAUGAAUGAGUUUGUUGAUUCUGUUGGUGUCUGCUACCCUCAACCUUCUUUCCCAGCACACAACAGCAAACAUGAUAGCACUAGUCACCACAGCCUCGUAGAACAUCCUCACCAUCGUCUGGCAGAUGUCAAAGGACCUCAGUCUCCUCAGGAAAUAGAGAUGGCUCUGACCCUUCUUGUUAAUAGCCUGAGUGUUCUUUGAGCAGUCCAGUUUAUUGUCAAUUCGUAUCCGCAGAUAUUUUUAAUCCUCCACCAUGUCCACACUGAUGCCUUGGAUGGAAGCAGGGGUCACCGGUGCCUUAGCCCUCCUCAGGUCCACCAACAGCUCCUUAGUCUUUUUCACAUUAAGCUGCAGAUGAUUCUGCUUGUACCAUGUGACAAAGAUUUCCACCAUAGCUCUGCACGCAGCCUCAUCUCCCUUGCUGUUCGACAUAACUGCCUUCUCUCGACAUUUACCCUGAAUUACAAAUAUCUCUCUCAUCACUUAUUUUGUGGAUGAACUGAAAUUUCAUACUUUACCAUCUGAAGGCUCCAAGCCUUGU